AUGUCUGUAAUAGAAUUAAUACCAUUAGAUAAAGGUAAUCGACUUAUUCUUGAUGAUGCAAUUGUAACAACUAUUGGUCGUACAUCAAAUAUUGGUUGUUUGGAUAAAAAAAUAUCUCGUAAUCAUGCUGAAUUAUAUGUUAAAUCUGAUGGAACUUUAUGGAUAAAACCUAUUCAUCACAAUCCAACAUUUUAUAGAACAAAAACAAAUCAAUUAAAUACAUUAACUAAAGAUCAAGAAUUUCAAUUAAAUGACAAUGAUGAGAUUGGUUUAUUACCAAAUGAAUAUUUUUAUCGUAUUUCAAUUAAAUCAAAAGAUGAACAAAUAAAUUCAUCAACAAUAUCAAAAUCACCAAUUCAAGAAAAAGAAUCUUCACCAGUUCAUGAAGAAGAAUCUUCACCAGUUGAAGAAAAAGAAUCAUCACCAGUGCAUGAAAAAGAAUCUUCACCAAUUCAAGAAAAAGAAUCUUCACCAAUCAAAGAAAAAGAAUUUUCACCUAUUAGAUAUCAAGAUAAAGAAAAAUCUCCUAAUCGUGAUCCAAAUUUAGAACCAGAAGGUGGUGUUAUAUUACAUACAUCUCGUGCAUUACCAGUAUGGAUGUCUACUAGUUCAAUACCUGAACCAAAAACUCCUAAAGGACGAGGCAAAGGAAAAUCAACUGUUACACCUACUAAACCUACUCCAUCACCAUCCAAAUAUCGAACAUAUAUCGGACGAAAAAAAGCCGAAGGAAUUGUAUACGAAGAUGAUGAAGAAUCGAACGAAGAAUCUACUACAACAGCGACUACUUCAAAAGAUCAAAGCAAUCAAAUAUCAUCAACAGUUAAUAAACCAAUUAAACGAGAACGAUGUCCAUAUGGAAAAUUUUGUUAUCGAAAGAAUCCAACUCAUCGUCAAGAAGCUAUUCAUCCUGGUGAUCCCGAUUGGGAUAAUAAAGAAAAUGAUAUCGAUGAUAAAAAACCUGACUGUCCAUAUGGAAGUGAGUGUUAUAGAAAAAAUCCAGAUCAUUUUAAUGAAUAUAAUCAUACUCAAAAAUCAUCAACAAUAAAUAAAACUAAACGACGAACAUCAAAACGUAAAGGAAGUAAUGAUGAAGAAGAAGAUGAUGAUGAUGGAUUACCAAAUGAAUAUGAUUAUAAUGAUAGUUUCAUUGAUGAUGAAGAUCUUAAUGAUAGCGGACGUAUUGAUCGAACCGAAAGUUCUCAAAUAGAUCCUGAUAAUGAUUGGAAACCACGUAAAAAAACUCGACAUUCUGAUGAUGAAGAAAAUAGUUCAACAGAUGAAAGUGAAAUAAAUUUAUUAAAACACGAAGCAGCAAAAUUUGUUCAAGGUUCAUCGAUUAAUCAUGAACGUCCAGCUAAAAAGAAAGCACGUAUAUCUGUACCAGAUGAAACUGAUUAA